ACCUUAAGCCCACGUCAUCAUCUUCAAUGGCUGCAACUCUGCUUCCUCUUCUCCUCUUCCUCGCCGCCGCAGCCGCCAAUCCCGCUCCUGCUUCCGCCUGCUUCUCUUCCAUAUUCAGCUUCGGAGACUCGAUCUCUGACACUGGAAACUAUCUCAUAUCAUGUGGCGCCACGCCCGAUCCCGUCGGCCACCCGCCUUACGGCCAGACCUUCUUCCAUCGCCCCACCGGCCGCUGCUCCGAUGGCCGCCUCAUCGUCGACUUCCUCGCUCAAGAACUUGGAUUGCCUUUGGUGCCGCCGUAUCUUUCCGGGGAGACCUCGCCGGAGGGAGCUAAUUUCGCCGUCGCUGGUUGCACUGCGCUCGACAACGACUUCUUUCGAUCGCUAGGGUUGGAGAUUUCAUGGAGAAAUUACUCCUUGGGAGUACAAAUGGAGUGGUUCCAGCAACUGCUUCCCUCGAUUUGCUCCUCUUCCUCAGAGUGCCGAAAUCUCAUGGCCGAUUCUCUGUUCCUCGUCGGAGAAAUCGGCGGCAACGACUACUGCCACAGUCUCCUCCAAGGACGAGCAGUGGAGGAGGUCAAAGCCUUCGUUCCCGACGUGAUCUCCGCCAUCAGCUCCGCCAUCACGGAACUGAUCCGGCUCGGCGCGAGAACGCUGGUGGUUCCCGGAGCCGUCACGCUCGGUUGCCUGCCCAUUUUAUUAGACCACUUCCGGAGCAACGAUGCCGGCGACUACGAACGGGAAACAGGGUGCCUCAAGUUCCUGAACAGAUUCUCAGAGCACCACAACGAGCUGCUCUUGCGCGAGCUGAACCAGAUCCGGCAAGCAAAUCCCGACGCCGCCAUCAUCUAUGCUGACUACUACAACGCGAUGGCGGCCAUCUACCGGAAUCCGCGGCGCUACGGAUUCAGCAGGAGCCCUCUGGUGGCGUGUUGCGGCGGCGGAGGACAGUACAAUUUCAACGCGUCGGCACUGUGCGGCGACGAGGCGGUGACGGCGUGCCGCGACCCGACGGAGUACAUUAGCUGGGACGGCAUGCACUUCACCGAAGCUGGUUACCGGGCCGUGACCAGCGAAUUAUUGGGCCGAUGGACCGAGCCUUCGUUGGCCCAAAUUUGCCCCCAAAUCGACGCCAAUUUCUCGCAGGGAAUCCACGCUUCCAUUUAAGCUACGUUUGGUUUGAUGUAAUGUAAUUGAAUAAUGUAAUCAAAUUUGUAAUGUAAUGUAAUAUAAUCGUGAUUACAUUACUACGUUUGAUAAUGUAAUGUAUAUAAUCUUUAAUUACAAGGAUGAUUACAUUCUUUUGUUUGGUG